GCCAUUGCAAUCUCUUUCGAUUAGCACUUCUACCCCGCCAAACGGAGACGUUCUCGAUGGGAGGCGGGCAGCAGCCCUUGACCGCCAGGGUGCCAGAGGUUCUAAAUGUCCAACUGAAUGGGAUAUUUCCUCACUCUCCACCGGUUCGCUCUUCUAUUCACUGCAAUCGUGCUCCUCCCUGCAUAUAGUUUGCCAGAACCUCCUGCCUCGCCUUCGCUCUACCAGUCGCCAAUCGUCAGUCACCAGCCGCGCCGCGAAUCUUUAACCAUGGCCGCCGAAAAGGUCUACCGCGCCAGCACCACGGCACCCGUGAACAUCGCCGUGGUCAAGUACUGGGGAAAGCGCGAUGCCAAGCUGAACCUGCCGACCAACAGCUCGCUGUCGGUCACGCUCUCGCAGUCGGACCUGCGCACCCUCACGACAGCCUCCUGUUCCGCCUCGUACCCUGCCUCCGAGGGUGACUCGCUCAUUUUGAACGGCGAAGCCGCUGACGUCGCCGGUGCCCGCACCCAGGCUUGCUUCCGGGAGCUGCGCGCCCAUCGCGCUGCGCUGGAGGCUGCUGACCCGUCGCUGCCCAAGCUGUCUGCCAUGCCCGUCCGCCUCGUAUCCGAGAAUAACUUCCCGACCGCCGCCGGCUUGGCAUCCUCCGCUGCCGGUUUCGCAGCGCUCGUGAGGGCCAUUGCCGAUCUCUACGAGCUCCCCGCGUCUCCGUCCGAGUUGAGUCUGAUCGCGCGGCAGGGCUCUGGUUCCGCAUGCCGGAGUCUGUUCGGCGGCUACGUAGCGUGGCGCAUGGGCGACGCCGCGGACGGCAGCGAUUCGCUGGCCGAUCAAGUGGCCGAGGCGUCGCACUGGCCCGAGAUGCGAGCGGUGGUGCUGGUUGUCUCGGCCGCGAAGAAGGGCGUCAGCUCCACGUCGGGCAUGCAGCAGACGGUGGCGACGUCGGGCCUUUUCCAGGAGCGCAUCACCAAUGUCGUGCCGCGCAACAUGGAGGCCAUGGAAAAGUCUAUCAAGGAGCGGGAUUUCUCCGCCUUUGCCCAAGUCACCAUGCGCGACUCCAACUCGUUCCACGCCACCUGUGCCGACACCUACCCGCCCAUCUUCUACAUGAACGACGUGUCCAGGGCAGCAAUCCGAGCCGUUGAAGCUAUCAACACGGCUGCCGGCCGGACCGUGGCAGCCUACACAUUCGAUGCAGGCCCGAAUGCCGUGAUUUACUACCUAGAGAAAGAGACCGAGGCCGUCGUCGGAACCCUGUACCGCACGCUGGGGGAGAUUGAUGGCUGGAAGGCGGCCACAACCCAGAGCCUGAAUUCUUCCGUGUCCCUGGAUGAGGGUACUGCUGGGAUAUUGAAGGCUGGCGUAAGCCGGGUCAUCAUGACGGGCGUUGGAGAAGGCCCCAUCAAAACAGACGAAUACCUGGUUGCCGAGGAUGGAAGUCCCGUCAAGAGGUGAGACCGUUCAAGUCAAGGCGGCGUUAGCAUGGCGUAUAUGUUCGAAAGUAAUAUCGGGAAAUGAACUGCUGUGGUUGGGAACCUCUCGCUGUAGGCUUGUCCGUGUGCCCCAAGGUGCAAUACAAAUUCGGUUCAUUUGCUCAGUGCAUAUCCAGUUACCGUCUGCCUUGAAAAUGCUUUCUUGUUCGCAUAAGAGAUUUGGUGAAUGAAAGACGUUUGUCAUGGAGUUUCGAGUACGGUUGCCGUAGCCCCUGUUGAUGGCCCCUGUCUCUUACGUCAGGACGGCCCGAGGUGAGCAUGGCACAUGCAUAAAGUACUGUACCAACC